CACACCCACACGGCAGAGCCAGGGAGGGAGGGGGAUCGGAAAACAGCCAAUGGGAAGCGAUGGAGAGCCCCCGUCAGCCAAUGGGAAGCGUCGAAGAGCCACCGGCAGCCAAUGGGAAGCAAUGUGUCCUGAUGUCAAUUAAACCACACUGAGAAGCUGCUGGAGAAGAGACAGACUGAACUGAAAUUGCGUCACUUGCGAAAGUUUUUUCCUACUUUAUGACUAAACCGACCCUACCGCGAAAUCUGCCAGUCGCUGAGAGCUGCCCUGUGAGCCUCUUGUUGCUGACAGAGUUGCUCCUUGGGAAGAGAAAUGAGAAAGUCGUGGUGAAAAGAGCGAUGGCUCAGGUUCAAGAUGGGGCUUGUCCUGGUCAGGAAGGUGCCUCUUCUAAGUUUGCAGGGAUUCAAGAUAUGGAGGGUGAACGCAACUGGAAUGGUGAGAAUGCAGAGGAGCCCCUGAGUCACCAGGAUGGAUCAGAAACAAGGAAGACCCUCAGAAAACAUCUGGGCAAUUGGUUCAGAUCCCGCCGAGUGCUGACUGUGCUCCUGGUGCUGUCUGUGCUCCUGAACGUGGUGGCCGUGGCUGUGCUGGCAGGAAAAAGUCAUGGAGAGAUUCCAGUUACACCUAAGGGUCCACAGUUUGUGGCUUGUCCUGAGGACUGGAUCGGGUACAACAGGGUCUGUUACUACCUCUCGAGGGAGGAGGGGACCUGGGAGCAGGCUCGGGAUCGGUGCUCCGAGCUCGGGGCCUCCCUGGCCGUGCUCAGUGACAAGGCAAUGGGCUUCCUCUUCCGCCUCAAUGGCAACCUGGAUUACUGGCUCGGGCUGCGGAGACGGGGCGAGAGGUUUCAGUGGGUGGAUGGCAGCAGCUACAACUCCUCGGUCCCUGUCCUCGGUGACUCAGAGUGUGUGUACCUGGGCCACCGGCGCUUCAGGAGCGGGGUCUGCUCGGCUCAGCGGCCUUACCUCUGCAACAGACCCCAGGAUCGCCUGCAAUAAAUGGUGGGAAGGGGACCCUCUCCAUCCUGAAGACUCAACAGCUUUGCAUCUUCUCCCAGCACACCUCAGCUCUCCACCUGCCUUGCAGUUAUUUAUCUGCAUCACCUCAGAGUUUGGUGCCACGGAUACCUCAGUGCAACCCCUCAGGGUCACCUCAGUGCCUGGGCUGAAGGAGAUGAGCCUGCAGGGAGGGGAGAUGAUGUGGAAGCCAAUGUGUGGCUGCCUGGACCGGGGGCUCUGGGUUUCUUUCUCCUCCUAGAACCAUCCCAGAACUCAUCCUGCUUCUCUAACAGUCCCUGAUUGUACCCUAACCCUGCAUACAGCUAAGAGUAUGAUGCUGCCCAUCAGGAGUGAAGCAGGAGAUCCCACCUUGGAUACAGGUCAGUGAUCCCCACCAGUGCUGCUGUUCUGUUCUUUCACCUUGUUCAGUUUUGCAAUAAAACCUUGUGAAAUCCA